CGCGCAGCCGGGAGUCCCGAGCUCUCGCGAGAAGUGCGUUGCUGCGGGCGGCUGGGUGCAGGAGCCUCGCGGCCCUCGAGGGGCGCAAGAUGGGAUGGCGAGCGGGGAGGCUGCUGCUGCCGCUGCUACUAGCGCUCGUCCCCCGCCCCUGGCGUCCCUGCCUGGCUGCGGACUCGGAAAAGCCCUCUGGCAUCCCCACAGAUAAAUUAUUAGUUGUAACUGUAGCAACAAAAGAAAGUGAUGGAUUCCAUCGAUUUAUGCAGUCAGCCAGAUAUUUCAAUUAUACUGUGAAGGUCCUUGGUCAAGGAGAAGAGUGGAGAGGUGGUGAUGGAAUUAAUAGUAUUGGAGGGGGCCAAAAAGUGAGAUUAAUGAAAGAAGCUAUGCAACAUCAUGCCAGUCAAGAUGAUAUGGUUGUUUUGUUUACUGAAUGCUUUGACGUCAUAUUUGCUGGGGGUCCAGAAGAAGUUCUAAAAAAGUUCCAAAAGACAAACCACAAAGUGGUCUUUGCAGCAGAUGGAAUUCUGUGGCCAGAUAAAAAACUAGCAGACAAGUAUCCCAUUGUGCACAUUGGGAAACGCUACCUGAACUCAGGAGGAUUUAUCGGCUAUGCUCCAUAUAUCAACCGUAUAGUUCAACAGUGGAAUCUCCAGGAUAAUGAUGAUGAUCAGCUCUUUUACACUAAAAUUUACAUUGAUCCCCUGAAAAGGCAAGCUAUUAACAUCACAUUGGAUCACAAAUGCAAAAUUUUCCAGACCUUAAAUGGAGCUGUAGAUGAAGUUGUUCUAAAAUUUGAAAAUGGGAAAGCCAGAGCUAAAAACACAUUUUAUGAAACAUUACCAGUGACGAUUAAUGGAAAUGGACCCACCAAGAUUCUCCUGAAUUAUUUUGGAAACUAUGUACCUAAUUCAUGGACACAGGAUAAUGGCUGCACUCUUUGUGAAUUUGAUACAAUUGACUUGUCUGCAGUACAUGUCCAUCCAAAUGUAACAAUAGGUGUUUUUAUUGAGCAACCAACACCUUUCCUACCUCGAUUUCUGGACAUAUUGUUGACCUUGGAUUACCCAAAAGAAGCACUUAAACUCUUUAUUCAUAACAAAGAAGUCUAUCAUGAAAAGGACAUCAAGGUAUUUUUUGAUAAAGCUAAACAUGAAAUCAGUACUGUAAAAAUAGUAGGACCAGAAGAAAAUCUAAGUCAAGCCGAAGCCAGAAACAUGGGAAUGGAUUUUUGCCGUCAGGAUGAAAAGUGUGAUUAUUACUUUAGUGUGGAUGCAGAUGUUGUUUUGACAAAUCCAAGGACUUUAAAAAUUUUGAUUGAACAAAACAGAGGACUAUGGAAUGUCCCAUACAUGGCUAACGUGUACUUAAUCAAAGGAAAAACACUCCGAUCAGAGAUGAAUGAAAGGAACUAUUUUGUUCGAGAUAAAUUGGAUCCUGAUAUGGCUCUUUGCCGAAAUGCUAGGGAAAUGACUUUACAAAGGGAAAAAGACUCCCCUACUCCGGAAACAUUCCAAAUGCUCAGCCCCCCAAAGGGUGUGUUUAUGUACAUUUCUAAUAGACAUGAAUUUGGAAGGCUUUUAUCAACUGCUAAUUACAAUACUUCCCAUUAUAACAAUGACCUCUGGCAGAUUUUUGAAAAUCCUGUGGACUGGAAGGAAAAGUACAUAAACCGAGAUUAUUCAAAGAUUUUCACUGAAAAUAUAGUUGAGCAGCCUUGUCCAGAUGUCUUUUGGUUCCCCAUAUUUUCUGAAAAAGCCUGUGACGAAUUGGUAGAAGAAAUGGAACAUUAUGGCCAGUGGUCUGGGGGAAGACAUCAUGACAUUCCCUCUAAAGUCCAGGUGCCACGCUGUGAACAGCCCAUGCCAUAUGGAAAUGCCACAGGCAAACACUCUGCCAGCAGCUGA